GGGACACGUAUUAUUGGAUUUUUGUUUUGUUUUGGUAAUUAAUUAUACUUUUCAAGUUUUUUAUGAAAAAGUUUUUAAAAAGUAGUUAAAUUUGUAAUGGGAGCUGGAUCAUCAGUCGAUAUACCUGGUGGAGGAACUGAAGGUUACCAUGUUCUUCGGGUUCAAGAAGGAUCACCUGGAUACAAGGCUGGACUUGAACCAUUCUUUGAUUUUAUUGUCUCAGUAGAAAACCAAAGAUUAGACCAAGAUAAUGAAACAUUGAAGGAAGCCCUUAAACGAAAUGUCGAGAAGCCAGUAAAGAUUCUUGUAUACAGCAGCAAAACAAGAAAAGUUCGAGAUGCAAGUAUUACUCCAAGUAAUCUUUGGGGUGGUCAAGGAUUAUUAGGUGUUAGUAUUAGAUUUUGUUCAUUUGAGGGUGCUGCUGAAAAUGUUUGGCACAUACUGGACGUCCACCCAAACUCUCCUGCUGACCUUGCUGGUCUAAGACCACACACAGAUUAUAUAAUUGGUUCUGAUACUGUAUUACAUGAUGUAGACGAUUUUUUCAGUCUUGUGGAGCAACAUGAAAAUAAGGCCCUUAAACUUUAUAUUUACAAUUCAGAAACAGAUGGUUGCCGUGAGGUUACAAUAACGCCUAAUUCAAAGUGGGGAGGCGAAGGAAGUAUUGGAUGUGGAAUUGGAUAUGGGUAUUUACAUCGUAUUCCUAUUCCUGAUGUUACUAAAUCAUUGCACCCACCGUUCAUUGCUCCGACAACAGUUAGUGCAACUGGUUUUUCGGAGGUGCCGUUACACAUUUCUCCACUUCCCAUUAACACAUCAGGGGUGCAAGAGUCAUUAGGCGGCAUAAACUUUAGUAGUUCUAUUCCGAAAACCACAUCUAUUAUGACGCCAAAUUUAUCAUCAGGAGUAUUAAAUGGAUAUUCUGCAGCACUUACUGAGACUCAGUCUCCGAUGUCUCAUCCGCAUUAUGCAACGCCAAAUGUUUUUUCAACUUCACAACAGGUGCCUCUCUCUAACAUUCUUUCAACGACUGCUUCAAAUUAUCAACCAGCAACACUAAUAGCUAGUAAUGUAGGAUUAAAUCAACCAAUUACAAAUCUAAAUACCAUUACAACUAACACUUAUGCAGUGCAUAACCCUAAUGAUGUAUCACGAAGUCCUGCAGCUCACCCACAUAUUCUCCCAAUGGAAAUCUCACAAAUUAGUAGCGCAACAAUUAUUGCUAAACCAGUUCCAUUAACAACAGAUAUAACACUUGGUGCUACUCCAAGUAAUAUACCUGCAAUUUAAUAAUUUUCUUAUUGUUAUGUAUUAAAAUUUAUUUAAUAAUGUAUUUUUUUUUUU